AUGUCGCGGAGAUCAUCUUCGGGUGUAAUAGACCUGACAUCGAGCUCAAGAUCACAUCGUUACGUCGACCCGAGCUCACAACAAGGCUUAGCCCCUCACAUUGACACCUCCAACGAACCACGAGGCACGAAACGAAGAAGAUUAUAUGGAGACGAUAUACCUGGCUCCGAAUUUGCAUCGUCGUCCAAUGACCCUCACCAAACAAGCUCGCUUGAAGAAGACGAAAAUAUUGAAUCCGUAGACCUCACAGAAGUCAACGAUGAUACUGCGCUAGCCAGGACGCUCGCAAAACAGCGAGAAGAUGCGAUCAAAGCCCAGACAGCUACAGGGGAUAGAGAAGGGCGUACUACUUUAACGGCGACGAAAUGCGCGAUCUGUAUGGAUACUCCUACGGACGCUACCACUACAAUUCCCUACGAUACGAGGAAGGACGUUCUGAAAGUACGACAGGGAAAUCUGCUCGAGGGAAAUGUCCUGCGUGUCGUAAACUUCUUUCAAGGAGAGAAACCGCAGGGGGGAAGCGAGACCUCAUUCCGCUACAGUUUAAGCUCAGAACACCAUCAUGAGGGAACUGGUUUUUGCUUGAAAGGAACCACAUCUACAUACCUGGAUAUUGAGGGUUAG